GUAUCAUCAGAGGCAGAGCACAUGGAGCACGACGCGUUUGCGUCACUGGCUGUCUUGCAGCUCUCGUCUCCAUGCCGUCUACUGCCACUGGCUUGCUGCCCAGACAAGGACCUUGUCGUCCUGGUGUCCCGUCUUGGUGGAAGAGAUAGGUUGACUCUAUGGAAAAUGCAAGGAACCAAAAAGUGGGACAUUGAGAUAGAGUGUGACGAAAGCUCCAUUGAAAGCGUAUCAGCUUUAGCGUGGAGUCCGUGUGGUCAGACGAUUGCUGUCUCUCAUGGAUUCUCCCGCGUUACGCUUCAUUCCGUGCAAGAUGGGCGCAUUGAGCGCUCUCUCACUAUCCCGGCAUCGUCGCAUAAUUCUGAACAACAACAUCGAAUAACCGGAGCUUGGUGGUUCCCGGGUUGCCGCGAUUUAUCAAGAAGCACCAUUCCAGAUAUCUUCAAGAGAAACGAAAUCAAUGUCUGUGCAUUGGUUUAUCCUAACACUUCAUCCACUCUUAUCAUACUGAAGACAGGGUCUGCUCUCUCCAUAUUGAAAGUUCUUCCACUCCUUGAUCCCCUUCGAGAAGAAGAUCACAAGCUCACUGCCACCGACCUUUUCGCUUUCCAAGGAACGCAGACAGGUGCCGCGCUGAAGUUAUCCAUACCUGAAGUCAUCAGUGAUUGGCCAUCGUUGCUACCAGACCCAUCUCUUGCUUCUCUAUGCCCUCCGAUCUUGAUCGAUGAACAAGGCAAGACUGCAAAAGAGCCACAGAUUUACAUUUCUGCGGAAGACGAGAACAGUCUCCUCGUGAUAGGUGACGACGAUGGCAAGCUUCACUGUUUCUUGGACGGCAGCUAUUACCUAGGGCCGAUCAGUACGCUUCCAUCCACCGUGCCAACGGCAGUGUUCAAGGAUCCGAAGCAACCGCUAUUUCUACUUCAUCCUCGGGCCUCAGCCUCCGACUUCUUAUCUGCCACGUUCGCGCCUCUAUCGAUCGACUUGCCGUUGCUUGCCUCGCAUAGGAUCAGAGAUUUCGCCAGGCUUUCCUCCGCCGCACGGGAGUUGAUGUGGUAUGUCAUGCGGGUCAUUGAAGACCUGCAUGAAGUCUGGUUUGGUUCUGGUUCACUUACUGGAGCACGAGAAGCUGGCCCAAAGUGGAUUCAGCUGUUAGAAACCAGACUUCGUGAUCAAUUUGGCCAGAAGGAACCUAGUGCAAUUCUCGAACUCACUGGUCUCUUAGUCGCUGGAUUGUGUUCUGAGGGACUUUCAGAUUUCUUAUCGUCCAGCGAACAAAUGAGUGAAAGGGCUCUCCAGAAAUGGGAGUCCACGGUGACUGAUGCACUCAUUAAACUGCGCGACUUCUCUACGUUGCGACUCGUUCCUGCGCUUCAACGGUUACAUAUCAUUUUUGAAGAAGUUCGAGGAUGGUCACUUAUUCCUCAAUUCGUCUUGUUUGGAUUCAACACUGACGACAUUACCCAUUGUCUGUCUGUGCUGAAGCAAAGCAUCUUCAUUGCAAAUUUGUUGGCAUUUCAAGCAAGAGGGGAACUUGGGUCAUUCAAACACUUCCUGAGUUUUCUUCGGUAUGAAAUCGCCUUAGCAGGUAACUCCCCCGAGACCCGCUCACCCCCUGAACAUGAUAUCCUCGAAGUCAAUCACUACUUAAUGUCCGGGCUGAAGACAAGUCAAAUAGACCGGUGGUUCACAGGACCAACUCCCCAAUUUGAUACCGGAGAUCUUGGCUUGCCUCGACAUAACACAGAUACUAACAAAGUUCUUGAAGAAGCACUGGAACAAGCCCACACCGCGUUGCAGGAUCCUUCUCAAACAUCAUGGCAGCCGAAAGUCUCCACGGCCGAUAAAUCACAUCUGGACCGGAAUCUGUGGGUACUUGUUCAUGAUUUGGCUGUCCGGUGUCAGCGGGUCUUUGCACAUGUUUCGAAAGCUACCGCUCGAUCAGCCAUCAUGUCAAGUAAUGUUGGUGCUACGCCAUUUCAGGCAGAGGCGAGUGAAACAGUUUCAAGCGGUGCUUGCCAAUUUAUCCGCGAAAGAGUUGUGCGACAAAAUGAGCCUGGCAACCACCUGCAGCAUCUCGCGAUCUAUUUGGCCUCGGAAAUGCGGCCCCUUUUCUGCCUGACCCGGACGCCUUACGCAAAAUGUGCCGCUGGGGUUCCGCUGCAUAUUGAUGUCAUUGUUAUGGAGUGCUCCAUAGCUGGUCAUGAGCCCGAGAAUGUUACCGAUGUUGAUCUUUGUAACGCUGAGUUUUUCGACGACGAGAUCCUCGUCAUUGUAUACAAAGUCAGAGGAACCGACGGCCCGAUGUUCGCAGCUACGGUUCACUACAGCGCCCUAGAGUAUCAAACGCAAUCAGAAGGAUACGUAAAUGGCCCCGCGCGGAAAGAUAUGAUAGCCAACGUGCUUCAAAGGUUGAACGAGGGGCAUGUAAGUAUCGUGCACCACCAUGUUUUUGUCGAGACCUUGUGACCGGUGGUUUUACUAACGGCAUGAUACAGCUCUUGAAAACCAUCCCGAUCAAGAGACGUCGCCAAUUGACCGCGUGCAGAGACGGAUCAGUAUCCCUCGCGGUCAACGGAAGAGCCGGAAGGAGAGUUGUUUGUAUUCUUGACGGUGAUGGCACGACAAUGGAUAUACUGGAUAUGGAAGGAGAUGAAGAUAUGGAAGGUGAGGAUGAAUCCGAGAUGGAUUCCACCGGUGCAUAAGAGGGUAUAACCGUAACGAGAGGAUGUUGUGAUUCGGUCCGUAGGUUUUGCAUUCGCGGCCUCAUUUUCAUGGGACACGGCGUGUCUAAGCCGAAAAAGAUGGAUGACUAUGUC